AUGACUGAAAAGGCACAAGGAAAGCAGUCGAUGGUGCAGGAGAAAACAUAUAAUCCCUAUGCCAAAAAUUAUAGGGAUAAGUGUAAUAAGUGCAACGGAUCAGGACAUACAUCGGCAGAUUGUCGAAGACGUACCGUGAGCAUCGUCAACCUUGAUGAUGAAAAUGAAGAUAAUGAGGAGUAUGAAAACGUUUGUGAAGCUGAAGGAGAAGAUGACGAGUAUGAUGCAGAAGAACAAGUGUACGUG